GUAUUCACAACCACACUUGUGAUUCCUUAUCUGCUCGCCAUGAUACCCCCGCCUGUCCUCGCAUUUAUGAUUCCAUGCCAUCCGGGCGACAAAGAGAUGUGAACUGAAGUCAGUUGCUCUUCCUGCCUCCUGAAUCUGGUCUCAUUUAGCAACUUUACAGUUGUUUUCUGUCUCUAGGCAUCCUUCCCCGAACCGAUCCCUUUUGUCUAUCUCCCUCUUCUUCUUGUCCCAGCUACCCAAUCCACCUAACAUCCCUCCCACCAUCCUUUCAACUCCCUGUUAUCAUCACUUUCUUCUCCCUUUCUCCAAUCAUGACCAUGCAGAAAUCUCGGCCUGACUCCCGGGAUGAUCUCCCUGAAGACUUCUUUAUCCCAGUGCCCUUGGACGUUGCCAAUAUCACAACCCUCAGCCCUUUCCUGGUACCUCAGACGCACCUGGGUAGCCCAAGCCUCUUUAUGGGCAUGGCUGCCUUCAUGUUCAUUUUGAUUGUACUAGGGGUGCCCAUCAACUUUCUCACCAUCUUCUGCACCUUCAAAUACAAGAAGCUCCGUUCUCACCUGAACUACAUCUUGGUCAACCUUUCUGUGUCAAAUUUGUUGGUGGUCUGUGUUGGAUCUACCACUGCCUUCUACAGCUUCUCAAAUAUGUACUUCGCCCUGGGUCCCACUGCCUGCAAGAUAGAGGGAUUUGCUGCCACGCUGGGGGGUAUGGUAAGCCUAUGGUCUUUGGCAGUCAUAGCCUUCGAAAGAUACUUAGUCAUCUGCAAACCCUUGGGAAACUUCACCUUCAGAGGUACUCAUGCCAUCAUCGGCUGUGUUAUGACCUGGGUCUUUGGCUUAGUGGCUUCAGUACCACCCUUCUUUGGCUGGAGCAGAUAUAUUCCUGAGGGUCUCCAGUGCUCAUGUGGCCCUGACUGGUACACAACAGACAACAAGUGGAACAACGAGUCAUAUGUGAUCUUCCUUUUCUCCUUCUGCUUUGGAGUGCCACUGUCUGUUAUUGUCUUCUCAUAUGGCCGUCUUCUUCUCACCCUGAGAGCUGUUGCAAAGCAGCAGGAGCAGUCAGCCACAACACAAAAGGCCGAGAGAGAAGUGACCAAGAUGGUAGUAGUGAUGGUAAUGGGCUUCCUGGUUUGCUGGCUACCGUACGCCUCCUUUGCGCUGUGGGUAGUAACACACCGUGGGGAGACUUUUGAUGUUCGCCUAGCUUCCAUUCCUUCGGUCUUCUCCAAAGCUUCCUCAGUUUACAACCCGGUCAUCUACGUCCUCAUGAACAAACAGUUCCGCUCCUGCAUGCUGAAGCUCAUCUUCUGUGGCAAAAGUCCCUUUGGCGAUGAGGACGAUGUUUCAGGUUCUUCACAAGCCACCCAGGUCUCCUCGGUGUCCUCCAGCCAGGUUUCCCCAGCAUAACCAGGAGCUCUACCUCUGGGAACUCUACUUCUGCAUACAGCACCACCCCUUGCCCUGCACAGCAGGAAGCUCCUGGUGUGUGUGUUAUUCCUGCAGGUAGCCUGUUUCAGAUCUGUUUUUCCUAGCAGGCAUUUGGCUACUGCACAGACCACUCCCACUACAUAGCCCACUAUGCAUUGCUCCACAAGCCUUUGUGCUUAACAUUCUACUAUGAACAGUUGUAUUCGUGGACUACAUCUUCAGGCCCCACUAAGGUGAGUGAAAUAAUCACCCACACACUGGAAACACAAUAGUUGGAAAUUCAAGAAGCAUAUUUCUUGGGUGCAGCCAUGUCCCUUGACACAUGGAAGUGGGAUCUGGCUGGUCCAGCCUUCCUUGUUUGUAUCACUGCAGGCAUUUCUGUAAAAGAAAGAACAGUUGGUUUAUAUGAAUUGGAGCUGGGUGCGAUAUGAGCUGCUAGUUUGACAAACCUAAUUUCACUGUGAGGAAUAUAUUUAUCUACUCCCACUCCCACAGAAAAUGAUCCCUCUUCAACAGCAUCAGAAGCGAUACAUCAACAAAUGGGCUUCUCCUUCUAAGGCUGCGGCUUAAGGAAAGAAGUAUUUCUUCAACCUCACAACCUAGUUCUGUCUGUAUUUCAUUCCCUCCAGCAGGGGGCAGCAGGAACACACACCAAUGUCUGCAAAGAACUUAAGUCCUUCACAAGUAGAAUGAACCGGAGCCCAGGCACAUACCCACCCAGGUGAACUGUAUGUUCAAGUUGUCCCUAAAUCUUGAUUUUGGAUUCUUUCAAAUGGCAAUUGCAAGGCAUGGAUCUCUAGAAUUGGCUUGAACCAAUACAGAAAAAAUGCAUCCAUACAUCCUGCAUUUCAUGUAUUAUUUGCACACAUUUCAGUGGGCACCUCAGAAUCAUCAUGCUGGAAGGUACCCAACAGCCGUCCCUUGGGCGUUCUCCCUCCAGCCUUCCAUUAAAAGUAUGUGCAUGGGAUAGGAAGGAAGAUCCAAAAUGUCAUUUGACAGUGUGUUCUCCUCCUUUCACGUGAUCUCAAGCAUUGAUUUUCAGGUUCUUGUGUGUGGGUGUGUCAGAAAAGGGGGGGGGGGCUACCACAAAAGUAAGAAGAAACAAUACUUUGCAUUUACAAAUCAUGUUUAACAGGUUCAAAGCACUUCACUUGCAUUGUUUCAAUAAUUUGGGAAACAAAAUGAUGUUAUCUGUGUAUCCAAGGGGGAACUGAUCUAGAAAAAUAAGGUUUUACCAAAGGAUAUUGGGUGAAUUGAUGGCAGAGACAAGACUUGAAUUGGGGAUGUUUUAGUUUACCAGCAGGUAACAGUUAUAGAAAACUAAUUACUUGAUGACGGCUUCGGUCAUUUGAACUUCUCAGGAAGGUUGUCUUGCGGUUUUCCCUUUCCAACUUACUCCCACCUGCCAGUGUCAUGGAAAAAUAAGAAAUGGGAAAAGGUCAGUGUAAGGGAAGAAAGUGCACUCACUGUGGAAUAAGCUAGGAUGCAAUCUCAAGAGCUUGAGGGGUGAAAUUAUCUCCAUAUAUCCUCUCAAAAGCUAUUGCAAAGAGAGUUGCCAGUAAACGUGCAUGGCUCCAGGUCCUUCUACUUCCCACAUUAUUUGUAUACUCCUCAUCUCCCCCUUGUGCCAGAUAAGCUGGGCUGAUAAUAGGCCACUAACCUCAUUUCUGCUGUGCAGCCCCUUUCAACAUCCCUCAGUGGGUUUUGCAGGGCAGUGGUUGUUGUAUUUUGUAAAUAUAGAGUAGUCCUUUUGACCUCACCCUAUUUCUGUAAUUCCCAUCAUGUUAAUAAACUACCUGCUCCUAUGCCGUCCCCCGAUUACACGAAUAAAUGAGAUGGAGAUGCAAGUCUUGAA